AUGACAAAUGAUAAACAAGUUGAAUCAACUCAAAAAAAAACAUAUGGUAAAAGAAAAUUCGUUGAAUGGAGUGAAGAAGAAGAUUUGAAGUUGACUGGAUGCUUUGAAAAAUAUGGCAGUGACUGGAGAAAGAUAAAAGAUGAACUUGGUUGUAAUAGAAGCCUUGAACAAAUUAGAAAAUGUGCUCGCCAUUUAAAUUUAAAUAAACCAAAAAGAACAAGAAAAACAGUAAAUAAUAAUACUUCUAGUAAUAAAACACCUAAUAAGAAAACAAAGAUAAAAGCCACAACACCUAAUACUACACCAACUAAAGCUAGAUCACGAUUAAUUCCAAUUUUACCAGCUGUUCCUAAUAAUCAUCAGUUUUCUUCAACUUCACAUUCAUCUUCAAAUAUUAAUUUACUAUCUGAUAGAGUUGAUGAUAACACUACAACUAUUAAAAUAGGACCAGAUUAUCAUUCUGUUUAUACUUAUUUAUCAUGGUCAUUGAAAUAUAAUAGUAGGGAUUUGAUUGAUGAAAGGAUGGACAUUGGCGAGAAACCUGAAUUAACUAGUAAAGGCAAGGUUAUACUAAAAAGUUUUAUUGAUCAUUUAAUAAACAAUACAAAUGAAUUGUUUACACAAAGACAAAGAAAAUUUAUUAUGCAGAAAUUAUAUUUGCUUAAACAAGCACUUACACCAGGUGGAAAUGAAAAAAUCACUAUAGGAUCAUCAACUCUAA